CCUUAAGAAAACCACCUGCUUCGAUCUGGGCAUCCAGACAGUAUCCCAGCCCAUACACAAAUCAAGUGACUAGUGUGGUACGUAUGUAUUCGGUGCUCCUUUGUACCAAUAUUUAUGUUUUCAAAUAAAUAAAUGAUUCCAAAGUCACAUUUAUCAGCGUUAAAAUUCAAUCAUUUACAUUUAGUUUUUAUCGUGAAUUACUUACUCUGUCAAUUAACUAGGUCACAAUUUGUUUACAUUAACAAGUAAUAUAAUUAUUCAUUAAUUCAUUCUAAACCAUGUCACACAUCGUUUCUGACUAUUGGUUAGAAAAAUGACACGGAGCCUAAUCAUGUAGUCUACGUCUACCAAAAUAUAAUAUUGAAUAAAGCCAUUAAUAAUAAUAAUAAUAAUAAUAAUAAUAAUAAUAAUAAUAAUAAUAAUAAUAAUAAUAAUUGCUCAGUUCGACAGUCUUUGUCUGUAUGAACUAAUUCUAUGCCGGCAUAGACAAGUUUGUAGUCUCAAAAUACAUCAGCGAUGCUUCGAAUACAUCUUUGAUCGAAUACUAGUAACUUGCGAAUAUACUUAUUAAGGGCACGUUUCACAGUUGUAAAGUAAAUCCGGAAGGACUUCCGCUUAGCGAACUAGUCUUUCGAAUCGCAAGUGAAUAUCUCGCUUACUCUGAAAAUAAGCGAUGCUACAAACUGUAACCGGAGUUCCCAAAUCUCUGUCAAUAUUUCGUCAGGCACCAACCCACUGGGAUUGAUGAAACUCCUGAGGUAAGUAAAGCGGUCAACGCACUCAACUACUUUACUCAUUGUCGUUAAUUCAGGCAGUGCUGCAGGCCGAAGCAAGAUUGCUUUCAUCGUUCCUUCAGGAGGUCAAAAAACUGUAUUUUGUCUCCGUCUUCACCAAUCGUGACCGUGUCAUCUGCGUAUUAUUAGUCAGCAAGUGAAUCUCCUGGUAGUAUAUCAAUCCCUGGAAAGUCAGACAAUAUUUUUAAAAUAAUAUGUAUGACAAAUAUAAAUAAAAAUGAGUAAAGCGGACAACCAUGACGAACAGCACUUGAGGUAACAACUUUCAUACUAGUCCUCUCCAAUCUCUGACUCGAUCAGUAGUGUUCAAGUAGAGAGCUCAUUCAAAGAAAUGUACUGUUUUAUAUAUCAUGAUAACUGAAUUCAACUACAUUUGUUGGAACAUUUGUUCCUUAAGAUUUCACCGUAAUAGGCAGGUCAAUCGGAAAGCUGUAAUACUAAAAACAGUAAACUAAAGAUCUGACAGUGAGAUCUUACUGCCAGUUGUAAUGAAUUGUGAUGGCAUUAAAGUGCUUUCUUCAAACAAUCAACAUUUUGGUGACACUGCUUUCCAACAAUAGGAAGAAAGGGUUAGUAAAGGUUGAGCCUAAUAGUAACUUACAUCGUCUUCUCUUACCGGCAAUGAAAUCACAAAACUACAGGGCUAUCGUAACAAAACAACCUAAAGAGGCACCAUUUGUGACUGUUCUCAAACAGUUAUCACUUGAGCUCUAUAAUCACACACCCAAAUCAUGAAAAGUCACCAGUAACCGAUCCUUAGUUUUUACAAAGAUAAGUGCCUUAAAAGCACACAUUCGUACUAUAUUGAAAAUAAACUUCAGUCAAAUUCACUCAACAAUAAGUCAUCGGUAAGUCGAAUCCCGUUUAAUUAACAGAUUUUUCACUAGGACAUUUAGCCAUGUCAGUUAUCUGCUUACUGAAAUCAUUCCUCUUAAUAGAUGCAUUAUUGACUAAUUAGGUUAUAAAUUAACAUGUGAUGCUGUUAAUUGACUACAAUUGGUCAGUACCUUUUAGUGUAUGGUCUUCCCGAUUAAAUUGUCUCGAUAUUAGUACUGAAUGAUAAGUUUUAAUUAAAGUUAUAUGGCGGUUGGAAGAGGAAAACAGAGAUAGGCAUUUCGUCCUAUUCAGAACUGGUCAGGUGGGUGUACUUGCACCCCAGUUUCAUUGUACACAUUUACACUUGAACUCAGUACUUUUCACUUCAAACGCGAUUGCGUUAUUCACUGAGUCCCACUGUAACCAUCCAUACUGGUACAUUUAGUUGAUGUGUUCCAAAUAAUGUGAAAUUCCUAUCCUAUAUUCCAAUGUUAGCCAUUAUUACAACUUUACCGUGUGAUAAAUAUUUUUAGUUUUGAUAGAUGAGAAUUUUACUUCUCACUCGCUGAUCAAUUAUUGUCUUUUAAUAUUCCAGCGACUCAUUUAGUUGUAUAAGAUGUUCGAAAAGAAUGUAACAUGAACCAAAUCUUAUAAAUUGUCGACUCAUAUGUUGUCGUAUGUAGUAUAUUCUUUUGAUCAUAUGAUGGUACACUUGGUCACUGCAAACUUAAAACUCAUUCUGAUCAAACAGAGUUACUACAAGCUUAUUAUUUACGCAUAUCAAAUACUACUACUAAUAAUACUUCAUUUUGGCUUUUUAAAUUACCAACAUUCCACAAAUUCUUUCUAUCGUUGAGGAAGCGUUAUCAUCAAGAAAUAUCCCAAUAUCAUUUCGUUUUGUUGUUAUUGUUUUGUCUAUUUUGCAGUAUGACUUUUUACAUAUCACUCCACCAAUGUGUUGUCCGGAAAUUUUAACUAAAACACCAAAAUUAACUAAUCCAAAAGCAUCUGAUUAUGUAGAUGUCAAUGUGAAAACAUUACGACAUAAUCAUUAUGAUAAUAUAUUUGCCCUUGGCGAUUGUGCUGCAUUGCCCACAUCGAAAACUGCUGCAGCUGUAGCUGGUCAGGUGGGAACAUUAGAAAAGAAUAUCUGUGAUAUUAUUAAUGGUGGUCAAGGGAAUGUUUCUGAAUACGACGGAUAUACAGCUUGUCCUAUAGUUACAGGUUAUAAUCGUGGUAUUAUAGCGGAAUUUGAUUAUAGAGCUAAACCAUUAGAAACAUUGCCUAUUGAUCAAGGGAAAGAACGUUAUUUAUUCUAUUUUACAAAAACAUACCUUCUACCACCACUUUAUUGGGAUGGACUUUUAAGAGGAAUAUGGUCUGGUCCAAAAACUAUCCGAAAUCUGCUGCACUUACAUCGACCUUCAUAUUCAGAUGCAGAAAAAUGAUCGUUCAAAUAUCUUGAAGAAAAAUAAUAAUUUUCUGACAUUUCCCAUGUAUUCUUUCUCUUAUCAUGAGCGUGUGUGUGUGUGUGUGUGGAUGUGUAUGUAUGUGCCUAUUAUUAUGUAAUUGAUUAUUUCCUAAACAUUUACACAUUUUGUUCUAGUUCCAUUGACUUUUUCUUUGUAGUUUCAUGUUUUUAUUGUAACUUUUGCGUAACAAAAUAAUAACACAUUUUCAUUUUGUUCAUUGAUUUGAUUGUUAUAGGUAAGUGUGCAUUUUCCUCCUCAACGAAUACCAUAAUUACGUCCAUUCCUAGAUGUCAAUGCCUAUCCCCUUAUACCUUUUAAUGGUCGUCUACUGAAUAACGUAAUCAUCAAUAGCUACUAUUCAACUAAAUGAAUAUUAUAUAUGUUAUGUACAUUGUAAUGGUUUCGACACUGAUAAUGUUGAUAUACUUAGUUAAGUUUGAUGAAUGUUUAUUGUGUGAACAUCAAUACUUGGAGCUGGAGGUAUGCAUCCAGUUGAUGAAAUUCCUUGUUGGAUGCAUAUACCCGUCUUGGAUUUAACUGUUAUUUAUUAUCUAGUAGUAUAAUGUUACAAAUAAUAAUUGAAGACUUUUACCAUUACCAAUAUUAUCAUAAAUAUUAUUUGAAUAUCGAUUUGAGCAAUAGUUUAUCAGCUUACUAAUGACUCUACUUCUAACCUGUUAUGUUCAAGGUAAAAUUCUUCUCUAGGUAGCCACGUCGUACAAUCACCAACUUUUACAUAAAAAAAAUGUUUGCCAGUAAAUCUCAUUUUUCUAUAGUUUACGUUACAAACUAACUUCAAUUAGACAACCAUUCAAUAAGAGAAGGGAUUGAAUAGUUAUGGAACAUUUUAAUAACGCUACUCCACCUUUAUAUUAAUGAUAAUCAUUUAAAGUGUUAAUUCCUGUAGUUCUAAUGAGAGGUCAUGAUCAGUGUCGUUCAACAAUGUCGGUUGUGGGUCAGCCUUUUACCAGUCGCUGUUAGUCAGUCAAACUAAACGUAGAACCUGACACAUGUGUCAUUUGAUUCAAGUUGCCAUACCCCAUCAGUACAGCAAGACGAAACUUUCAGGGAAAAUCCCUGAGUAUUUGGUUUAAUAACAGUAUUAGUGAUGAUAAAAAAAAAGGUUACACGCCAAAGGUACGAUUCUAGAAAAAAAUAUAAAUUAGCGAAAUUUAAAAAACCUUUAUGAGGGAAUUUAUAAACUUGGAAUCUAAGGGGAAGACAAAUAGUGAAUACAGCUAUGCCACAUCAAACGAUUGUUAGCUAUGUCACCUAAAGUUCCUGAGUGCUUGUUUCACGUGGACCUAAACCAAGUAGUAUGGACCUACCUACAGACUCAGUCCAAUGAUGAAUGUCUUCAAGAACAGGUGCCAUAUCUUAGUUUGGCACCCACUUUGUUUCUCUCAUCAUACUACAGUGAACACGAUCACGCGUCAAGAUAGUUUGUGGGUGAGCUUACAUAAAGCGUGUCCUAUUAGUCUAAAUCGAUAAAUACUCACUACCUAAACCUAUUUGUCAGACCUGAUACUCAGAGUUGCUAACUCAAUGGUCUCAAGCUAUAAGAAAAAUAGUUCGAAGACACAUGAUCAAAUAUUAGUGAACUACGAGUAUCCUCUACUUUUAACGACUUCGUGUAACAGCCACAAAGUAAAAUUGAGCGAAAUGUUAAGGAAUUAACUCAUCAUUUGUUUGGCAGACGGACAUCUUGCCUAAGUCACAUGUGAUGCAACUGGUUAGAAGUCAACCAAGCUUGCUGAAUUCGUACAGAGAUUCCGUCAAACACCAACCCAACAGGACCGGUGAAACUUCCAAGGAAAGGAAAGUGAUCGACGUAUUCAAAUACUUCACUCCUGUUCAGUGAAAUGUCAAUUGGUUAAAGUUAGAAAUCUAAACCAUUGGACUCAAACUCAGAUAUGAAUGCCAAGCAGUCACCUUGGAACUUAGAGAUUCUGGUUUUAGUCUAUGGUAAGAUGAUGAAUUCACUUAUUCAAAGAGUCCCAUUCUAAAACGAUAUAGCUAUUCGAUGCUUUCUAGUUUUCAAUGUUUAUCUGAUUCAUAUCAUUUUGUAAUAUAAAUCAUAAAAAUUUAACGAUUCAUUACAUUCAGUCGCAUUAUUAUUCUAAUUAAUGGCAGAUUUCUUAUCUUAUAUCAUUAUACUGUGUAUAAUAACUACAAGUUGAACGUGUUAACUAUGACAAUAUAAACAUGUGUGUUUAUUCAGUUAUCAUUGAAAUCAGAUGACAAUUUUAUGAAUUUCUAUAAAUGUAAUGUGGCGCUGUUUGUUUGUUUGUUUGUUCGUUUAUUCAUUAUUAGAAACAUAGUAUCUAGCAUAAAUGUUUAUCGAUUCAAGGUAUUACAUAAAGGAAACAAUAAUAUAAAUUAAAGAAUUCCUUACAGUGGACGAAUAAAAUGAUGAAAGCUCCACGACCAAAUCAUCCAACUCAGAGAACAAAACUCCAUCAAAAUCAUCUACUUGAGCUUCAAAUGAGUAAAUGUGAAAUAGGAAAUAGUAUUGUGUUUUUUAAUGGUUGGAGAUAAUAGACAACAAAGCGUUUUUAGUAAACAGAAUACACCCAUUAAGACAUUAAAUAAAAAAGAUUAGUCCAGCAAAGAGUUCUCUUUUUGUCGAAUUCACUUUCAAAGAAUCGGAAAUUCUCCUCUCUAAGAUGUUUGUGGCUCUUUAAAACGAACGUUCUUCCCAGUAACAUUGCGAAUGGUAUUCUCCAGCUAAUCAUUGUUCACUAAUAAUCUCAAAGAUAAAUUAUCGCAUCUGACCAACUUAAUGUGCACUUACCAAUUUACCUGCUAAUAUGGAGCUAGGUACAUAGGUCGUUUGAUGCGUACUUUAUCCAAAAGUAUUCAAGAACAUUAUCAGGCGUGGCUAAAAAAGGGGGC